GUCUCGCGUGGGCUCCCACGUCUAAGAAACCGUCACCGAAAGUCCGCCGAGCCAAACCGCGUCCGUGCCGCCGCUCCGGCCCGCCCGAUAAGAAUCCGUCCCUCCGCCGCGAAGCCAAGCAACUUCCACUCCAAACGCAACGCAAACUCCAAGGGGGGCAAGGGACACGGUCGCGGAGCUCCCGCGCGCAUGGCCACGCCGGACACGAGCGGCGGCGGGCGGCGGCGGCGCGCGGAGCUGUGCGCGGCGGCCGUGUCGGCGGCGGACGCGGCCUCGUGGUGGUGCGCGGUGGCCCUGGUCGCGCUCGUGCUGCUGGGCGCGCUGCGCGCGGAGACCGCGGGCGGCGACGUGGACCGUCGGUUCAGGGGCCCGCGGCUGGGCGGCGCCGCGGCGCGGCCGUGCGAGGAGGUGUACGUGGUCGGGGACGGCGAGACGCUGCACAGCAUCAGCGACAAGUGCGGCGACCCCUUCAUCGUGGAGCGGAACCCGCACAUACACGACCCCGACGACGUCUUCCCGGGGCUCGUCAUCGCGCUCAGCCCCACCAAGAACGCCUGAGCUCUGCACGGGCGUCGCGCGACGCGUCCUGCACGGCACGGUUCGCGUGCGCGCGGCGGGGACGGACGAGCAAGAAGAACUCGAAGAGUUCUUCUGUCCUUUGUUGCUUUCUGGAUCCUUUGUUUAGUUUGCUCCCCGAACCGAUCCUUGUGUUCUUGACAAUAUCGAUCUCUGUUCUCAGGAGAAGAAACGGUAAGCUCUAAGCUGUGUAUACACAAAAUCACAAUAAAUUAAACUAUAUAUUUGAAGGAACCGGCUCUAUGCUUUAUUUUAUAUUAUUAUUAUUCUUGUAUUCUUUCAA